AUGAGGCAAUCAAAAAGAAGGAAGAAGGUUGCGAAUGAAAUGGAAAUCGGCGAUGGAAGUGAGGAUGAUGAUCAUGGAGUAGGCAACGAUGAACUCCAUUAUGAUGAUGAUGAUGAUGUUGAUGUUGAGGAUGCAUCGUCUAUGCAUGAUGAGCCAAGUGAAGAGCAGCGCAAUGAUGAAAACACUACAGAAAGAAGCAAUGAUGAAUCUGGACACGAAAGUAAUUUUCUAGAUAUUUCUUUCUUCAAACUCCCCUGUCUACAACAGGCCAAGCUUGAAUCGCCACAGAGCCCAUUUUACGUUCUGGCGGGUAGCUUCAUUGCUCUCAAACAUACCUUAUUGAAGCCUCGCUGGUUUCAGUUGUUCUACCGUGAAACUGAAGAGAGCAAGGCUUAUGAAGAUAUUAGAAUUUUCCACGAGUUGCUUGGGUUGAGCCAAAAGGAGUGCUUGGACGUUCUUGUUGCUUCAGGACUUGUAGGACCAAACAAGAACUGUCAAAUGAAAGCAAAGAAAGCCAUAUUCGAGGUAUCGUGGAAGGUGGCUUUGAUUUUGAAAUAA